GGACACCGGAACACCCUGGCUUCGCAGCGCUCCUCCAGGUCUCCCUGCCGCAGGGGCAACCUGGCAGCCAACUCCCUUCCCCUCCGGCUCCGGGCGGGAGGAGGGGACCGCAGCCCUGUGCGGGCCAGGCUGAGAUACAGCGGCGCCGGCGGGCCCCCUUCACCUCCCCAGCCCUUGGCCAACUUGUGCAUCCGUGCUCCCCGCUUUCCGGGAAGCCCUGCCUGGAGGUGGCUUUGGGGCCAACUGGGCCUGGAGAGGCUGCUGGGGCCCGGCACUGCGGCUUCCCGGGCAGGGAGGCGGAGGGCGCGGGCUGUCAAGCCGCAGGGCCGGCGGGGCGAGUAGUGCAGGUGCCUGGGCAGCGCGCUCCGGCGUGUGCAUGUUCCGGUCCCCGAGGACGUAUCUGGGCGUGGGCUUUGUUCGGAUGCGCUCACACCUGCGCGGAUCGCCGGAGUUCAGGGGCGGUCCGACCUCCACUCUCUCCGGCCUGGAGAGAACUCGGGGAACAAGGGAUGGAGGACGGAAGAGACCCCGAAAGCAGUAGAAAUCUUCGUGAUAUUCCACACCUGUGUGCUGAAGACUUUGACCAAAGCUGCUGUAGGGAAUUGGCAUCCCGGGAAAAGGACGGCUUCCAAAAUCAGGGAAACUUUCAGGAGAUUCCAGGCCCAGUGGAUCUUCUGAAGAGCAAUGCCAAGACUUUUGGUUUAAAGAAGUCAAAAGAAGAACAAUCCCUUCAAAUAAGAAGAUCUUCCUCAAAGUUUCCUGCAUGAGACUUAUUUAAACGUUGCACACACAUCUUUUGUGAAAGAAGAAAAGGAAAUUCAGCUUGUGGGGCUCAGCGGGAGUUCAGCUAAUGCAGCUUAAAAUAAUGAUGCCGAAAAAGAAGCACUUAUCUGCAAGCAGAGCACCCCUGAUCCUCUUCCUGUGCCAGAUGAUUAGUGCACUGGAAGUCCCUCUUGAUCCAAAACUUCUUGAAGACUUGGUACAACCUCCAACCAUUACUCAACAGUCUCCAAAAGAUUACAUUAUUGACCCACGGGAGAAUAUUGUAAUCCAGUGUGAGGCCAAAGGGAAACCUCCUCCAAGUUUCUCCUGGACCCGAAAUGGGACUCAUUUCGACAUAGAUAAAGACCCUCUUGUCACCAUGAAGUCUGGCUCGGGAACCCUCACAGUCAACAUCAUGAGCGAGGGGAAAGCAGAGACCUAUGAAGGAGUUUAUCAGUGUACAGCCAGGAACGAACGCGGGGCUGCAAUUUCUAAUAACAUUGUCAUCCGUCCAUCCAGGUCACCGUUGUGGACCAAAGAAAAACUUGAACGAAUAACACUUAGAAAUGGCCAGUCUUUGGUACUGCCCUGCAGACCCCCAGUUGGGUUACCACCACCUAUAAUAUUCUGGAUGGAUAAUUCCUUUCAAAGACUUCCACAGAGUGAGAGAGUUUCCCAGGGUCUGAAUGGAGACCUUUAUUUUUCCAAUGUGCUCCCAGAGGAUACCCGGGAAGACUACAUCUGUUACGCACGAUUUAAUCACACGCAAACCAUACAGCAGAAGCAACCUAUUUCUGUGAAGGUGAUUUCAGUGGAUGAAUUGAAUGACACUAUAGCUGCUAAUUUGAGUGACACUGAGUUUUAUGGUGCUAAAUCACAUAGAGAGAGGCCACCAACAUUUUUAACUCCAGAAGGCAAUGCAAGCCGCAAAGAGGAAUUACGAGGAAAUGUCCUUUCACUUGAGUGCAUUGCAGAAGGGCUGCCUACCCCAAUUAUUUACUGGAUAAAAGAAGAUGGAACACUCCCCAUCAACCGGACAUUUUAUAGGAACUUUAAGAAAACUCUGCAGAUUGUUCAGGUUACAGAAGCAGACUCUGGGAAUUACCAGUGUAUAGCCAAAAAUGCACUAGGAGCCAUCCAUCAUGUCAUUUCUGUCACAGUUAAAGCGGCUCCGUACUGGAUCAUAGCACCUCAAAAUCUUGUGCUGUCCCCAGGAGAGGAUGGAACCCUGAUCUGCAGAGCUAAUGGCAACCCCAAACCCAGAAUUAGCUGGUUAUUGAAUGGAGUCCCCAUAGAAAUUGCCCCUGAUGACCCCAGCAGAAAAAUAGAUGGCGAUACCAUUAUUUUUUCAAACGUUCAAGAAAGAUCAAGUGCGGUGUAUCAGUGUAAUGCCUCUAACGAAUAUGGAUAUUUACUGGCAAACGCAUUUGUAAAUGUCCUGGCUGAGCCACCACGAAUCCUUACGUCUGCAGACACACUCUAUCAAGUCAUUGCAAACAGGCCGGCUUUACUAGACUGUGCCUUCUUUGGGUCUCCUCUGCCUACCAUCGAGUGGUUUAAAGGCGCUAAAGGGAGUGCCCUUCGUGAAGAUAUCUAUGUUUUACAUGAAAAUGGAACUUUGGAAAUUCCUGUGGCCCAGAAGGACAGUACGGGAACUUAUACAUGUGUUGCAAGGAAUAAGUUAGGAAUGGCGAAGAAUGACAUUCACUUAGAGAUCAAAGAUCCAACGAGGAUCAUUAAACAGCCUGAAUAUGCAGUUGUGCAAAGAGGGAGCACGGUGUCCUUUGAAUGCAUAGUGAAGCACGAUCACACUUUAAUCCCCACCGUCAUGUGGCUAAAGGACCACAGGGAGCUGCCCAGUGACGGAAGGUUCACUGUUGACAAGGACCAUUUGGUGGUCGCUGAUGUCAAUGAUGAUGAUGGUGGGACCUACACAUGUGUGGCCAACACAACUCUGGACAACGUUUCGGCCAGUGCUGUGCUCCGCGUUGUCGCUCCCACUCCAACUCCAGCUCCCAUUUACGAUGUCCCAAAUCCUCCCUUUGACUUAGAAUUGACGGAUCAACUAGACAGGAGUGUUCAGCUGUCAUGGACCCCAGGCGAUGACAACAAUAGCCCUAUUUCAAAAUUCAUCAUUGAAUAUGAAGAUGCAAUGCAUGAGCCGGGGCUGUGGCAUCACCAAACUGAAGUCCCUGGAGCUCAGACCACAGCCCAGCUGAAGUUGUCGCCCUAUGUCAACUAUUCCUUCCGAGUGAUGGCAGUAAACAGCCUGGGAAGGAGCUUGCCCAGCGAGGCAUCUGAGCAGUAUUUGACUAAAGCUGCAGAACCAGAUAAAAAUCCCACGGCUGUGGAAGGGCUGGGAUCAGAGCCGGAUAAUUUGGUGAUUACGUGGAAGCCCUUGAAUGGUUUCGAAUCUAAUGGGCCAGGCCUUCAGUACAAAGUUAGCUGGCGCCAGAAGGAUGGUGAUGAUGAAUGGACGUCUAUGGUUGUGGCAGACGUAUCCAAAUACAUUGUCUCGGGCACCCCGACCUUUGUCCCAUACCUGAUCAAAGUUCAGGCCCUGAACGACGCGGGCUUUGCUCCAGAGCCAGCUGUGGUCCUGGGACAUUCGGGAGAAGACCUCCCAAUGGUGGCUCCCGGGAAUGUGCACGUAAACGUGGUAAACAGCACCUUAGCCGAGGUGCACUGGGACCCGGUACCUCUGAAAAGUAUCCGAGGACACCUGCAGGGCUAUCGGAUUUACUACUGGAAGGCACAGAGUUUAUCAACCAGAAACAGACGCCAUAUUGAGAAAAAGAUCCUCACUUUCCAGGGCAGCAAGACUCAUGGCAUGUUGCCUGGGCUGGAGCCCUUUAGCCACUACACACUGAAUGUCCGCGUGGUCAAUGGGAAAGGGGAGGGCCCAGCCAGCCCCGACAGGGUCUUCAAUACCCCGGAAGGAGUCCCCAGCGCUCCAUCCUCUUUGAAGAUUGUUAAUCCAACGCUAGAUUCUCUCACUUUGGAAUGGGAGCCACCGAGCCACCCGAAUGGCGUUUUGACAGAGUACACCUUAAAAUAUCAGCCAAUUAACAGCACCCAUGAAUUAGGCCCUCUGGUGGAUUUGAAAAUUCCUGCCAACAAGACCCGCUGGACUUUAAAAAAUUUAAAUUUCAGCACUCGGUAUAAAUUUUAUUUCUAUGCACAAACAGCAGCAGGAUCAGGAAAUCAAAUAACAGAGGAAGCAAUAACAACUGUGGAUGAAGGUAAGAUGGCUGGUAUUCUCCCACCUGAUGUAGGUGCAGGCAAAGCGAUGGCAAGCCGGCAGGUGGAUAUAGCGACGCAGGGCUGGUUCAUUGGUCUAAUGUGUGCUGUCGCUCUCCUGAUCUUAAUUUUGCUGAUUGUUUGCUUCAUCAGAAGAAACAAAGGUGGUAAAUAUCCAGUUAAAGAAAAGGAAGAUGCCCAUGCGGAUCCUGAAAUCCAACCUAUGAAGGAAGAUGACGGCACUUUUGGAGAAUACAGUGAUGCAGAAGACCACAAGCCUUUAAAAAAAGGCAGUCGAACACCUUCAGACAGGACUGUGAAAAAGGAAGAUAGCGAUGACAGCCUAGUUGACUAUGGAGAGGGGGUGAAUGGCCAGUUCAAUGAGGACGGCUCCUUUAUUGGACAGUACAGUGGUAAGAAAGAGAAAGAACCAGCCGAAGGAAAUGAAAGCUCAGAGGCACCGUCUCCCGUCAACGCCAUGAAUUCCUUUGUUUAAUCUGUGAGCUCUUUGCCAAUAUCCCACUUUUCUCAAAUGUUUAUCUUAAGUAUUUGUCGGUCCGCCUUCUCGUACUUUGAACAUUGAGGCAGAAAGUCUGUGUUCUGCUGUGUGUUCAUAUGAUGAGAACCAUCAAAGCAAGAACCUAACUCAGUCAAAUGAUAUCUUAAUGGGAACUGCAGUGCAAAGUGCAUACUUUUUCAUUCAACAUAGGUUAUCUUGAUUUCCUGAGAACUGAUAAAAAAUAACACAGUGUCAUCAACAGAUCAUGUUCUUCCCUCUUCGGGAUACAGUUCACUAGGAUGCAUGAAAAAUGCUUCACCUUUAAAGAAUAUACCUGUGUACGUUAUUCAAACAUGGGUUGGUACUUUGUUUAUACUCUCCUCCGCUGAACCCCUAAAUAUGAAUUCCGUUUUCAUUGUCAAGAGUGUUACUGUAGUAUUCUCUAGAACUUCAGUGUCUUUGUGGACAUUGUCGUGAAAUUGGUGACUCUAUGUCUAGCUGUCAUUAGUCUUUUGGGGAGACUGUUAGGCACAGUGUGUACAGUCUCUACUUGCUAAAUGCGUUAAUUAUGACAGGUGCAUUUGCUCAUGCUUAUGAGACGCUCUUACCUGCUCUUUGAUCCUGUUACUCCACAGACUUCUUAAUCGUCCAGGUAUUACAGCGGCACAGUGUUCUACCUUUUACAUCCUCUCUCCUUUCAGUGCUUUUUAGGCAUAAACAAUGCGUAUUGCAAUGCAUCUUGGCAUUUGUGGCAGACCGAGAGAAUACCAAACAGAUCACUCCAAUUCAGUGUCCAAAAUUAUUCCAGAAAGCACAGGGCAAGACACAUGCAGUGCCUUCAGACGAUAAGCAUUCCACAACGUACUGCCUUCUGUAUCAUUCGGUACAGUCGACUCGGAGUCCUAGAUUACUAUCAUUGUCUAAAAGUAACUUUGAAAAAGCAUAGUUCAUGAAAACUGCAACACUGAAAAAAAAAAAAGGAACUGUGAAAAUAAAAUUAGGAAGAUAGUUUAUUUUAAGGGGCAUGAUUUCCCCCAUAGGUAUAAAAAGGAAAGCUUUAUCACCAACUGGAGCAAGUGAUGAUUUUGUGGUCUUUUAUGGGUCCUAUUAAUACAAGUCACAUUCAGUAAGAAAGAUGUCAACUUGGUAGGUAGAAAAUUUUUACAAAAACAAGUUAUUCCAAAACUAACAGGAUACAACAGCACACCAACAGGAAUAUAUUUUCCUCUAAGUCUCUAUGUAUGUGGCAGCUUUUGAAACUCUGCAGCAUUAAACAAUGUGUAUCAAAUUGCAUGGAUGCCUUGCAGAAUCUAAGAAGUCUGACAAGUGCUAACAAGGCCAACAGUCAAAGGGAUUACAUCUCCAGUUUCAAAAAGAAGCAUAUAUAUUCUAUCAUAUUCAUAAAUAAUAUCUAUCAAAUGGUUUCCUUCCAAAUAUGAAAAUCUAUAACAACCUAUGGUUGAAGGAAUGCUCAGUUUCAUUUGCCAAUAAAUUGGUUUCUCAUAACUUGCAUCAAGUUUAAUUUUAAGUAAAGCUUUUUAUAUGUAGAUAUUUUGUUGAAUCUGUAAAUACACUUAAAGUGUAGAUGCUAUAUGCUUAUAGGUGUUACGUACAAAUAAACAGGCCAACGAUGUUUAUGUUGUACUGUAUAAGAUGUUAGCUAAUUAAUACAGUGCAUGGGAUUGGAAAGCAUUUAAUUAAAUGCCUUUUGGGUUUUUAUUUUCCCUUUUUGCUGUGAAACUGAAAGAGUGAACUAUUUUCCACAUUGACAGCAGGUUUCUAGAAGAAAUCUUCAGAGCUUUGCCUAAGCACAGUUUGAAGUAAUCCCAGGUAAAGAUGGCCCUACCUAGUUUCAUAUCUCCAAUAUGCACUUUUCACAGAUCAACCUUUCUAGUGGAAAUCCAGAAAGACAAAACAGGCUGCCUUGGUAUCCGAGAGCACAAAGAUAAGUUACUUAAAAUUUGCCAGUGUGUGCGGGGACAAGAAAAGUACAGUGUUUCCUCUUCCAUAAUGGUAGAUGCUAAAUUUGUGCAUGAAGGGGUCAUUUCUGUACUUGUGCAACAGAGUUUGUAUUAAAAAUUAAAUGUGGUUUUAAAAGUCCCUCUCUCUUUUGUAAUAUAUCAUGUUCCUAGUGGAGUGUGAAUGUCCAAGUAAUGGUAUAUGUAACGGUAUAGGCAGAUGUGACUGGAUUUCCGUCAAAAGAGUGACUAUUAGGGCUUCCCUGGUGGUGCAGUGGUUGGGAGUCCGCCUGCCGAUGCAGGGGACGCGGGUUCGUGCCCCGGUCCGGGAGGAUCCCACAUGCCGCGGAGCGGCUGGGCCCGUGAGCCAUGGCUUGUGCUCCGCAACAGGAGAGGCCACAACAGUGAGAGGCCCGCGUACCGCAAAGAAAAAAAAAAAGUGACUAUUAAACAGUCAUGAUCUCUUUGUGAUUUUUAACUUCUUCAAACCUAGAUUUCCUAAUGUUUUAUUUUAUUUUAUUUUUCUAUUGGCCAUGCUGCGCGGCUUGCGGAAUCUUAGUUCCUCGACCAGGGAUCGGGAUCUUAGUUCCCCGACCAGGGAUCGAACCUGGGCCCCUGGCAGUGGAAGUGCAGAGUCCUAACCACUGGACAGCCAGGGAAGUCCCUCCUAAUGUUUUAAAAUAGCGCAAGUUUUGCUUUUUGCUUUUAAAAGGCAGAGGAAAUUAAAUGCAAAACUGGACGCAAUAUAAAAGAGAGCUAAUAAAAGAAGGGCAUAUCAAACAUUGUAAUGCAAAGGCGAAGUAGAUAUUACCAGCCUUUAGAGAAACAGUCUGAGAAGUCAGGUAAUGCUUCCUUUCCUGAAGCCUGACCUCUGCAGGCCUGUUUGCUGGUGCCUUUGGUCACCCUCUCUUCUGCCCUCCUGGACCUCCACUGUCCCCGGCCACGGCAACUGGAUUCCUUAACCUCUCCUGCUUGAUGACACAGUUUGGGCGUUGACGAGUAUCACUCUCGGGUGUGUCAUCCACCCGCUUCUCAACAGCCCAAUUCUUCACGUGUCUCACACCUGUCCAGCUCUGCAAACAGCCAAGACCUGGCUUGUUCCUCUGUUCCUCCACCUGCCCUUGGUCCCCUGGUCCCAGCUUUCCAUCCACAAGACCUUCCGCUGGCACAGAGCUCCCUCUCGCUAUACAGUUACUUGGAUAACAACAUGAUAUAUACAUCAACGUAAGAUGCUAAUAGACCCUAUGUAGACCUUGUUAUUAGUCUUUUUACCGUGGAGAGCAUUCACUUCUGACAGCAAGUCAGGGUCUCCAGUCUACACCGCGGGCCAGAUUCACAAUCUACAUCCUCAGGCCACGUCAUCAGUCACAGCUCUGUUUAGCAAGGGGGCUGGCCAGUUGUAAACCCUGACUACAAAAAGCAUUGGUCUGUGGAUGCCUUCUUGUUCAGAUGAUUUAUAAUGGCCCUGGUUUCCUUUUUCUUUUUCGUAAAUUUCAAAUUUUAUUGAGGACCUAUGAUGUGAAAAUUCUCCCAAAAAAUGUAAUUGAUAUUUCUGUAUUUUAAAGCAUAAUGAUUAAUUUUACUUUCAUAAUUUAAGUAAUUUUAGCAAACUCUUAUCAUUCAGUUCCUUAAGAUCUGUAUUUAUACAGUUGACUUUGCAGGGUGACGAAGAAAUUAGACAAUUGAUAUAACCCAGUGUAACCUCGUUUACUUUUAGUGUCUGAUAAAAUAAUUGGAAGUAGCUCGUGGAGGCAAAGGAAAGAAAUGCAGAGAACUGAGAAGUUUCACCUGAACUGAGCAAAUCUCUCCUGCUCAUGAGAUUUUUCUACAAAUUACCACCAGAGGGCUCCCGUACUUUAUUCAAUGCAAAAGAAACUGCAGGAAAACGAAGCCUCUGGAGAAACAAGGCCGACCACCUUUGAUAGUCAGACUGGGUCUGAUCAUGCAGAAAAUGAUUGCCUGCUGUAACCCGGGAAAAUGCAGUUAGCAGCUUCCUCUGACGAGUUCACGACCUCCAGGGAGUACGUCUGUGUCACCUCGAGCCUUGUUAAUCUCCUCCCUCGUAUUGAUUGUGGCUGGGUGGCUGACAGCCCAUCAGCAGGGACAGAAGGAGGAGUAGUGGGCCUCCUGGCUCCCCCUAGAUACCCCCUCGCCUGCCAGGUGGUGGGGCUGAAGGAGGGGCCGGUCCCGAAAGUGGUCCCCCGUUUCUCCCGAUCGUGCCAUCUUGUCUGCCACCAGUGGUUGAUGUCCUGUGGUUGGUUAGCACAAGAAGCACAGUUUAAGCACAGACAGCUUUUCUUUUUCACUUUAGAAAAAGCAGCAGAGGGAAGGAAUACUCGCAGAGGAUUUAUAUUAAAGAAACAAACAAGCAAACAGUUCCCAGGUUGAGGUAGAAAGAGACCAGCGUUUACCUUCCAGCUCUGCCAUCAACCAGCUGUGGAACAAGUGAGCCCCCAUCUCCCACCUCGCCAGGCCUCCGUUUCUUCAACUUUGAAAUGACAGAAAGCAGAUGACUUCUAACAUCCCUUUCUGCUUAAAUCCUGUGAUUCUCAGUCAUCGCCGUCGCCAAAAAAAAAAAAAAUGUUU